GUUCCUCUCCCUGGAUAUGGGUCAAAUCCUAGCACUUUGUUUGGCAAACCUUAUACACCAUUCGCUAUGAUGCAGCUGGAAAGUGCCCGUGUUAGCUUUGAUGUUUUCAUUGAUAGCCAGAGUGAGUUGGACCUUGUCUGCGAAAGCACCACCCUUGUGGAUACCAGAAGAGUGCAAGUUGGUAGUGGAACGAAGAAUUUGUUCAGCACAAUAUUGCAACCUCGUGAAUAUGUUGACAAGAAGUUCCCGCUGAUGUCUGAAGCUCAUAUUAUGAUGCGAAAAGAUGAAGUACCAGUUGUGACUUUGGUGCUGAUGCAUUCACGCGUGCUCCUGCUAUAUGACUGGUUGAAUGAUGCAAAGAGUUUUGUACUGCUCAGUACGGAUUUCGUGCCGAAAUACAGAGACGAUCAAGUACGCUACAACGCAAAUGGUGGAGUUGUAGCACGCAUGGGCAGCGUACCGCUGGAACAACAACAAACGUUGGCCUUGAAAAUCACACUGAGGGACUCCGAUCUGUAUCUGCUGGAAAAUCCUAGUAUACCAAAUAGCUGUGCUAUAGUUGCAACUACGAAUGCUGUUUUGAAUUUAAAUGAUGCUGAUGGACUGAUUUCGGCCAAUUUGGAGAUACAGAAUAUGUCUGUGGGAUGGUGCUGCAUGCAAGACGAGAAACGAACGCUAAAUCAAUGCUCGAAUGAGUUCAGCAUAGCAGUGAGUAUGUCUAUGAACCAAGUGAUUACUCCAAUCACGGAAGCACCCAAGGGUUUACCGUCAUUGGCUGUAAAGAGACACUCUGUGGAGGUAACUAUUAGUUUAUAG